CCGCCAGUGAUCUGUAUAUUAUACACAACAAGGAAGUAAAGGAAUGACUCGUCGCUUUGAAACGAUCGAUGGCUUUAUCGUAGUUUAAAGCAUUCUAAGGUUACUGUAUAUCCUUCGUGAACCUUACAAUGGCUGAAGGUGGACACCCACAGAAACUCGGAAACCUUGAUGAUGACGCAACGGAAACAAUCUUCAUCGAGAAACAACCUCGACUUAUUCUGGACAACCAUUAUGAUAUAGCAUCACCCUUGUUUGGACGUAGAGUGAAGGAAAUCGGGAAGUUCGACAUAAAGACUCUGUCGGAUAAAUGUACUUGCCUUGCUCGUGGUCUUGUAUACCUUCCAUGUAAUCAAGUAAUGGUAAGUGAUGACACCAACAGGAAGCUGAAGCUGUUUAAAGACAAUGGACAGUUCCUGGACGAGUUGUCCAUACGAGGAUAUCCCAAUGAUCUGUGUCUGGUGGACAACAACACUGUGGCGGUCGCUGUCGACAAACCUGGUGGUAUACAUGUCGUGAAAGUCGAGGCAUCAAAACUAUCCCUGUCGUCUGAGAUCAGGAUGUCAAACAGUAAGGACUGCAUCGGUAUAACACAUACAGACGGGAGAUUUGUCGUGGGUACAGAAGGAGGAGGAGUAUACAGUCUAACACAGGACGGCGUGGCUGACUUGUUACAUCAGUAUAACAGUAAAUGUUACUCACUCACACAUGACCCAGUAAAUGGAGACACACUCGUCAGUGUCUAUAGCAACAACCCAGGAAACGUCACGGUGUCCAGACUGUCGGCUAAUAAUCGUCACACGGACGUGAUGAAGGUUGGCGUCGUGAGGCAUCCCUUCGUGAUAGACGUAGAUACGGAGGCAAACAUCUACGUAUGUGGUCAUACGUCACACAACGUCGUACAGAUGUCUGGGGACGGGUCACAAGUCAGGGAACUUCUGACGUCCUUGGAAGGGAUGAAGUAUCCAAUGGCAAUUUCUGUAAAUGGUGAUAAGUUUGUGGUCACUAGUUAUGAUGACAACCAUAUCCGGGUCUUUGAGCUUUACUAACGUUAAUAACAUACACAAGCACGAACAGAUCACUUGAGAUGUAUGGUAACCAUAGCAAUCGAAGUGCAUCGUGACACAGUAUGACUUAAAACAGUAAUAAUAGCAUUGUAUGUCCAACUCCAGCUAAUACACCAUCGCCGAAAUUGCCGGGUUCCAAUUAUACCUUUUAUCAAAGGAAAUGUAAAACCAUUGCUGUGAUGAUUAUUUAAUGGUACAACCAAUUUCCAUUUCAUUGUGUGCUUGAUAUCAUUAGUUCGAAGUAUAUGUGUAUAAGUUAUGGUCUGAUUUUGUGUUAAUCAACUUGUAGAUGGGAUACUAUUAGCAACAUUCCUUUGUCUCAGUAAGUUGUAAAUUAAAUUCAAUAUAAAGAGCUGGACCGUCUCUCGAAUUUUGUCAUAUGUAGAGCCACACAUCAGGAGAUCAAACAGCCGUGUUUAUGUAUGCUAUUUGCUUCGGGUUGACAGAUUGUAUUCGAUAAUAACUUUAACAGAUAGCAUACAUUACCCUUGUUUUUUUCGUUAUUUUGAUUUCUAACUACGGUGUGAUCAGAGUCAUUAGUGAUGAAAACCAUAAUUAAACAGUUUAUAUUUAAUUUUA